CCAGCUCUUUAGUUGACGACUGGUACGUUCUUUUAUAGUUCCUCUCCCCUCCCAUUUCCUUCGACACUCCGGCGUGAUCGUACGGGGUGUUGGUUUCCCGUCUCUGAUUACUUCUUUGUAGGAUUUCUAUUUUUCGGAUAUUUCUCCUUUUGUUUGGUCUCACCACUGUUCACUAAUUAAAAUAUGCACGUGCUUAUGUAUCUACCUGUAUGAAUUUCGCUUCGUUUCUGCAGAUUUCGUUUGGUUUUGCUUUGAGUUUUCAUUCAAUUCAGCUCCCACUUCUGGAUUGGAACCCCGAUAUACUGAUUCUUUCUAUUUUGUUUUAUUACUUCCAACUUCUUUUUUUUUUUUUUUAAUUUUUAAUUUUUAUAUGAAACGCCUCGUGUAGUACCAAUAUCUUCUCUGAAUUAUUCUCCCUUUGAUUUUACGUUAUGUGUUUCGUUGGAUGAACAUGAUGGCGCGAAAUAUAUGAUGUAUCCAAUUACUUAUAUUUUUGGAUGAAGACCUCCCCUAGAACUGAUUGUUGUUUUAUUGAUAUAUUUUUUUCAAUAUACUCAAUACAAGGCCAAUCCAAAAUCACCUGGAUUUUUGAAUUUUAAAAACUUCAAUGAUUUGUGCUUUUGACAAAGUUAGGCAUCAAUAAUUCAUACAGUCAGUUCAGCAGAUUGAGAUGUAUGCUUAGUUUUUAUUCUCCUUGUUAACAUUACCUGAGGUUUCAAUGUUUUUUUUAUUUAUUUUUUUUCAUUAUUAUUAUUGUAAUGAUAAUAAUAAUUGUUAUUAUAACUUUGCAGGAAACAAUUCGGCAACAAAGUGUAGUUUGAGUCGAGGUGAAAUAUUAUUUGGCUUUGUUGAAUACUUGGUGUUUGCGGGCGGUAACAGGAAAAGAUGGAAGCGCACAGGUUUCUGUUGGAGGUUCUCACUGAACCCCGAAGCGGAGGGGAGUCGCUGCUCGGCACCAUCAGGAUAGCUGUUUUACCCAUAGCCAAGGUUUUCACCAUGUGCUUCAUGGGAUUUCUAAUGGCUUCAAAGUACGUUAACAUCCUACCUGCUAAUGGGAGAAAGCUCUUGAAUGGGCUAGUCUUUUCACUCUUACUACCGUGUCUGAUAUUUUCCCAACUUGGCGAGGCAAUCACUUUCCAGAAAAUGCUUGAAUGGUGGUUUAUACCCUUUAAUAUUAUACUCACCACAAUUGCGGGAUCUAUUAUAGGUCUAGUUGUUGCAUGGAUUGUGAAGCCUCCCUAUCCAUAUUUCAAGUUUACCAUUGUCCAAAUAGGAAUUGGAAAUAUUGGUAAUGUUCCACUGGUUUUGAUUGCCGCAUUAUGUCGAGAUAAAUCAAACCCGUUUGGUGACUCUGAAAAGUGUUCUCAAGAUGGAAAUGCAUACAUCUCAUUUGGUCAGUGGGUUGGUGCAAUUGUCCUAUACACUUAUGUGUUCCAUAUGCUUGCACCUCCUCCGGAAGGUACGUUUGACGUUGAAGAGGGAAAUUGUCAUAUCAAAAAUCCUUCAAAAAGUAGCUCACAGAGUCAACUGAAGGCUAAUUCCCCUGAACAAGUUCCUCUGCUUAAUGAAGAGGCUGCAUCAGCUGAUACUGCACUGAACAAGAAUAAGAUAAGAAGUUUUCUUAAACUCGUGUAUGAUAAAUUGAAGCUGAAGCAAAUACUUCAACCACCUAUAAUUGCUUCUGUCAUCGCCAUCUUUAUAGGAUGUGUGCCUUUUUUGAAGCGGCUAAUCUUCACUUCUGAUGCUCCAUUAUACUUCUUCACUGACAGCUGUAUGAUACUUGGGGAAGCUAUGAUCCCAUGCAUAUUACUGGCCCUAGGUGGUAACUUGGUCGAUGGACCGGGAAGCUCAAAACUAGGUUUUCGAACAACUGCUGCCAUUAUUUUCGGACGGCUGGUUCUGGUACCACCAACUGGGCUAGGUAUUGUAACGCUGGCAGAUAAGUUGGGCUUGCUUCCUGCUGGUGAUAAGAUGUUUAAAUUUGUCCUCCUUCUACAGUAUACAAUGCCAACCUCUGUUCUUGCAGGUGCGGUGGCAAAUUUGAGGGGGUGUGGAAGGGAAGCGGCAGCUGUGUUGUUCUGGGUGCAUAUAUUUGCUAUUCUCUCAAUGGCAGGAUGGAUCAUUUUGUACUUCAGUAUACUGUUUUAGGUUUCAUAGAUAUAGAAGAUUAGGUAAUGCUAUUAUUUAUAGGCUACUGCCUUGAUGCUGUGUUUCGAGCUAGCAAAUGGAGAUGAAAGAAUUACGUGCUCAUUCUCAAGCUCCUUUUCAAGGAAAGAGAGCGCCACUCGAAGUCUCUUUUUUUAUUUUUAGCGUGAAUGCAGCAAGACUCAAGACAGCUAUGUACUGUAUAUGUAAUAGAUAGAAGUGAUACUGAUAAAUACAUCUGCACUUUCGUUUCGAAUAAGUUCAAUUGUGUAUCCGUGUUUCAGGCAUGACUAUGAUAUGGUAUCUGUUUAGUGUUUUAUUUUAAUAGCACUUCCCAUUUCAUUGCAGACGUGGUGGAUCGGGAAACCUUUUCUCGAUGAACACUUGAACUCAAGUUAUAGUAGUUUAGGG